UUUCGCGCUGAAGGGACCGGCUCCUUUCCAUCUCCCCCGCUCCCUCCCUCCCUCCUCCUCCUCCUCCUCCUCGCUGCUGAGGCUGCCGCCUCUCCCCGGAGCCCUGCCGGAGUGAUGGGCUGCAUCGGAUCCCGCACCGUGGGAAACGAAGUGAUUGCAGUAGACUGGAAGGGACUAAAAGAUGUGGACCAAAUCAAUAUGGAUAGCACCAGUUCACUGCAUGGCAGCAGCUUCCAUCGACCUUCCACUGAACAAACACGGACAGAUUUCUCCUGGGAUGGUAUCAAUCUCUCCAUGGAAGAUACAACCUCCAUCCUCCCCAAGCUGAAACGCAACUCCAAUGCUUAUGGGAUUGGGGCUUUGGCUAAAUCAUCUUUCUCUGGGAUAUCUCGCAGCAUGAAGGACCAUGUCACAAAGCCAACGGCCAUGGGCCAAGGCCGUGUGGCUCACAUGAUCGAAUGGCAAGGCUGGGGCAAAGGUAACAGCCAGCAGCAGCAGCACACGCACGAGACGGCGCGCAAAGACGCCGACGCCUACUCAGACCUGAGUGAUGGGGAAAAGGAAGCCCGGUUCCUCGCAGGAGUGAUGGAGCAAUUUGCUAUUUCUGAGGCAACUCUCAUGGCCUGGUCCUCCAUGGAUGGUGAGGAUGUGAGUGUAAACUCAAAUCAGGAGAAUCCAACAGGCAACUACUCUGAGAACUAUCAGGAGCUAAUGGAGAGCCAAGAGCAUAUGGCUCAGACACAGUACGACAGCUGGCCUCAUUCCUACGUCUCACAGGGCAUGUAUUGCUUAGGAUCCUCUGAUGCCUGGGAGACUAGUGACCAGUCCCUCAUCGCUUCCCCAGCAACUGGCUCCUACUUAGGCCAGAAUUUUGAUGAGUCCCAGACAAACCUUCAGGAAAGCAUUUUGAUUCAGAGCAGCCUUCUCCAGCAGCAACAACUGCAGCAACAGCGGCAGGAGCAGAACUUCAUCCAGAGCACGGGGCUGGUCCACGUGUGGCCCCUGCAGACUGUGCAGGGUGGGGGUGGUGCUGAGUCCAGCACGUACAUGGAGGACCACAUUGAGGAUGAAGGGAACCCACGGCUGGAGAAGGCUCCUCUCCUAAACAAGAAGCCCUCUCCAGAGGAGGAUGAUGCAGUGUGCCGGGACCUGGAAUCGCUGUCUCCUCGAGAGGAGAUGGAACAUGCUGCACUGAGCCGCAAAGUCUCAGAUGUCACCUCCUCUGGGGUGCAGUCCUUUGAUGAGGAAGAGGGAGAAACAAACAACUGAUGCUUUCUGUGAAGUUCUCAUCACUGCUGAACGAAGAGAGGAGUGGCAAGGGAUGAAAUUAGGAAUGGGAUUCUUCUCUCCAGCUCCAUACUUCUCCAUACUUCUGAGCAGGCACACCUUCCAUUCCGGAUAUUUAAUUAUUUUUUUAAACAAGAGGAAAAUCUUUAAGUGAUUGACAUAUGAUGACCUCUUCUUCCCCUCAACCACGAACGCGUAUUUUUGCUUUUCACUGCUGUGGGCAACACAUGUGAGGUGCUUGGAGAGAUCUGGGUUGGUAAAUAAUUUCUAAACCUUCUUAAGACAAAGUCUUGGCUGUGGAUACAGACUCUUCUGGUACUGGGGAUGUGGCUGAUGAGACAGGCUUGGUAUAGGGAGCAGUUAUAUGGCUAGAAUACAUCCUGGCAGAGUGGAUGUUGCUCUGUGGACAUGGUCCCCUUCGAUAGAAUAUCUGAAUAUAAACUGGUUUAAAAUGAAGAUACGGCUUUACAAAUACAGAGUGCACUAGUAUUGUGGUUGUGGCUUUUACAGAGGAUAACACUGUAUUUGAUGUACACUGUACUGAAAUGAAAGAUUCACUGGGUAACCAGCUCCUCAGUAGCACCUUGACAGGAAAUUGUGGGCUCGAUGGAUACAAACUGUGCUCUGUGGGCACGGGCUGUGCUGCUGUGCAGAUGGUGUGGCUCAGUGGGCACGGCUCUGGUAUGGCAUGGAAGGAUGGGUGCAGAUACAAAUCUAACCCUGCCCUCAGAUAUUCGUACUUUGGUCUCUUUCUGAUCUUAAAUUUGCUUGUUUCUCUUUGACAUUUCUACCUUCCCAGGAGCUGGCAAGAGUGGUGUGUCCUUUUGGCAUUGGAAGCCAGCAGGAAGGACAUUUUCAGCUAUGGAGAGAGUCAUAAAAAGCUGACUCUUGCAGGGGGCUUGAGAACAUGUCCAUCUUGGUGCUGCUGCUGUAUCCUUCUGUCUUUUCCCUUGCCAGCAGUUUGGGGGGACUCAGAGAGUAGGCAGCAGAUCCUGGAACACUGUGUACAGGUAUGAGAGCACAGAUAUCCAGUUUACAUUGGAGUUUUCAGUUUUUGCUUUUUUAGACAUUUUUAUAUUGCUGGAUAAGUGUUCCUAACAAAGCAGUUAAUAGUGUGAAAGGCCUGUAAUCCAGUCAUCAUUUAACAGAAAUACUGCACCUUUCUCAUUUCUGCCACUCCUUCUGCAGUGCCAAAUAUAACUGGAGAAAAAGGGGUGAGUGGAAGUUUUCUUCUAUUACUCUCUUCUUCCUGCCUGUAUUUUCUUCUUUUGUUUUCCUACUCCUAAGCAAUGUAAAUAAUGCUCAGUACUUGGUCAUCUUGUUUUUCCCUGCCAUCUCUUUUUUAGAAGUGAAGAAAGCUGCUUUCAGGAGUUUCCCCUAUUUGUACAGGCUCUAUAAUUUUAUUUUGUUUUGUUAAAAAACUGUGGAUUAUUGACUAGGGGGAAUUUGGUGUCUUGCAAUUCCUUGCUGUGUUUCUACAGACCUCCUUUUUGGGUGGGAGGAUUUUGAAAGGAAAUGGAACAAACUGUCUCCUCUCAAGCUCUCACCAGACAAUAAAUGGGAGCAAAAGCAAAAGAAAAAAAUUGUACAAGGCUAUCAGUUUUGCUGGAGGACUGAAGAAGAACCAGCAGAGAUUACCCAAGUGCUGAGUUUUAAUUGCAAUACCUUUUGCAAGGAGGCAUCAGCAAAGCAUGGGUUUAGAUCAUAUGCUAGAGAAAGGAGUUUGCCUGAAGGCUGCCAUACUGUCCCAGAGGCAACUCUUUCUCACUUACUCUGACUCCUGUGUACUCUAUUUUAUUCAGGAUACAUUUGUCUCUUCCUUGCCUCCUCUUCAGGCUUGGUGUAUUUUUUGGAUGACAGGAGAGUGAUACUUGCUUCUUAGCUGAUUGAGGUUUAGAGCCAGCAUAUUUGCAGGGAAGAAUGUCUGAGGAGUAUAAAAUGUGACUGAAGUAAUAUCCCAAGUGUCAGAGGUCAAACAGCUCCUGGCAAGCAAAGCAGAUUUUGUCCAGGAAUAAUGAAAAGUGAGAAUGAGACUCUCAGGUAGAACUUGACCCCACUCAGCUUUCUUUCAUUUACACAGGCAGCUGCAUGAAGAGGGUCUCCUCUAUGAACACCCAAGUCUUUCCAGCCAAGUCCACUUAAAGUAGAUCUGUCUUCCCUCUCCAUUGCACCUCUAAAGGAAAGACCUUUGGCAAAUUUAAAUAAGACUGGUAAUUUGGAGUAGGUAAGAGAUGAAAAAAUUUGUGACCACCUCUUUUUACUCAUUUGCUUGGGUUUGCUUCCAUGUCUCUAAGGAGGUAGUUCUUCUCCUGAAUUAUGACCUUUCAAUAUCUCUCUGAAGAUGUUUACACAUUCAGGUGCUAACCUUGCCUAGGCAGGAGUGCUUGAUAAAGAUGAUCUACAAUUCUUGCAGGAACAGUUCUAGUUCCUUGUACUGAACUGGUUUGGGUCUAGCCAUGGAGCAGGGCCUAGGAAAUCACACUAGCCAGAGCAGGGCAAGCAAAUGCUAAGAGCACCUCAACAGAUGACCAAUUAGUAAGUCUUACCCUUUUCUCAUUUCUUUUUUUAAAAGCCUUUAGGGAAACAAAAAUGGUAAGCUAUAUUCUUUUGUGGGAGAAGAUCUGGAUGGCUUGUUACUUUUUCCUCCAAACCAUUUAGUUUCCAUGUGCCUCUCCAGGACCAAUCUGCACGUUUAUGGUCACUUUCAGAGCAGCUUUGAAUGACCCCUCUGCAUUGUUUACAGGAUUUGGACAAGUUGGUCAGCUUGCCCAGGGCAUCUUCUUCUUUUAAUGUGGACAUGUGCUACCUUUACUAAGAUGUCUGGUUGAUGUCUAAAAGAUUUACAUCAUCUCCAUGUAAGGCAGUGACAGGAAGUUAUAUACACAGGAAAAAAUGUGAAAAAAGUCUAAUCUUAUAGAAAAUUCUACUGAGUUCAACAGGGAAAGAAAACCUGUCUGUAGAGUUUUCUAACCUCUGUUGAAUGGGAUAGAAAAUUAUAUCCUGCUGUAAAAUUCCAUGGCCUAAUCUCUAUACACCUGUAGAUAGACUCAUUCUCUGUGAAUUCUGACUGGUUUGAAGACAGUUCUCUAUAUACACUUUCAAGGUUGCUAAAUUCUUUAAAAUAUUUUCAUAAAGGUCUUGACUUUCUGUGAAUAAUAUAAUUUCAGCCUUUUUCUGGGGAAAAAAAAAAAAAAAAAAGGCUAUUUUCCAUGACCUCUCAACAAUCCAAACCAAAAACGUAUCUGCCUCUACAGCUGUCAGGAGCUUGACUGGAGAGGGCAGGUCUGCCCAUCAACCCUUGAGACAUGAGUGAGAAUCCUGAGCUUGAACUGGAAAGGCAGUUUAAAUUUCUUUGAAAAUGGAAAAUGGUUUGUAUAACCUGGCCUUUUCUUAUGUAACAGGCCUGCCCCUUGAGUGUAUCCAAUAUCUGAGAAAUUACUUGGAACCUAGAGUGUAUUUCCCAGAAAAGCUGUUAUUAUAUAGCUACACCUAUCCAAGCAUAUGGACAGCACAGGUGCUCUGUGAGCAAAAUUUGGCCUGCAGUUCCUUUAUCCUGGUGAGGAGGGAUGAGUUCAGAAGAGUCCAGCCAAAAACUCAGAGCCCAAUUUGUAAAUUUGUGAGGCUGAAAAUAAGAAGGAAAGGUAAGCUUAGUAUCACUGCUCUACAGUGACUAAGAAACAGAGCCCUACUCUUCAUUUACACAAACCCUUUGUAGAGCAGAGCUGCACUACAUCAAUUUGUUUUAUUUUCUUGAAGCAGUGGAGGUAGAAGAUUCCCACCUUCCCCCCUAGCCUUUGUCUUCAACAGGAACUUGAAGUCACUGUGCUGGACACAAAUGAAAGCUUAAACACAGGUGACCCUAAUUGAAAAAAAUCUCAAAUUCCACUGCAGUAAAAUUCUCCCUGGGUCCUUUUCCCAUGAUUGUUUGUACCUGAUCAGUUACACUAUUUCAUAAGUUUGGGGUUUUUUAUAUAAAUCUUAAGCUUUCUUUACAAGUCUUGUGGGUUGUCUUCAAGUCCAUUACCUCAGGCUCUGGGAUGGAGAAGUCAAUCUGCUUCUUUCAGUUUCUGUGCCUCUAAAUGGUCUUCUUCUGGGAAGCUGCUGACAAGUCACCCCCUUGCCUUUCCCCCCUUAAAAGCUACCAUCACCUUUCACAAUAGGCUUGCAGCAGAGAACUGAGUUUAACCAUACCCCUAAGCUGUUUAAGUGGUGAAGGAGACAGCCUCUGCCCUGACUGUGCUCACCUCCCACAGUCCUUGUGCAGAUGCUGAUACACACCUGACCCCACAGCAAGUCAGUGGACUUCUUACACUCCUGUAAAAGCGAAGGAGGAAAAAGCCUUGAGCAGAGGGAGCACGAUUCUCAGCAGGUGGCCUUUAUAUCACCUUAGGGAAACCGGGAAGGUACACUUGGAAAAGGCUUCUUCAUGAUGAGUCUGAGCUGCUAAAAGGAGCUGUCAUGCCUCCUCCUUUCCAUCACCACCAGCUGUAUACUUUCAUUGCCUAAGAAGCAUCAGUGCUAACACUCAUUUGGCCAGUCAGGCACUGGACCCAUUCAAAACUACACCUAGUCCCCUAUCAAAAUACAGUUUACAGAAGGAUUGGCUCCUUGGAUUGUUUCCCUUGGUGAGGCAACGAUGACUGAAGGCUGGUGAAAUGUGCAAAUGAUCAUGUUGAAGAAUAUGUCUUUGGUUGCAGAUGCAAACUGAAUUGCCUUAAGCAUAUUAUGUGAGAUCUGUCUGAGAAGAAUAAAUCCAGCUAGCGUACUAGGGAGGACAUAUUACCCCCUUCCUACCCUACUGUUUCCUUAGAAUUUCUACCAUGCUUUCAUCAGAUUUGGUCUUUGUUGUUAUUUAAUGCCCUGUUAUUUUCAUCACUCUUCCCUCCUCUUCCACAGGCUCCUUUGAGAGAAACCCUUGCAAUCAGGUAGGAGGAGAUAAGUAAUUUGAUAUCACAGAAUCACAGAAUCACGGGAUAUUAGGGGUUUGAAGGGACCUCUGGAGAUCAUUGAGUCCAGCCCCUCUGCCAGAGCAGGACAGGACCACCACAGAAUCUAGGACUGGUCACUCAGAAAGGCAUCCAGACAGGUCUUGGAAGUCUCCAGAGAAGGAGACUCCACAACCUCUCUGGGCAGCCCGUUCCAGUGCUUUGUAACCCUCACAGUAAAGAGGUUUUUCCUCAUGUUGAGGUGGAACUUCCUGUGUUCCAGUUUACAUCCAUUGCCCCUCAUCCUAUCACAGGGCACGACUGAAAAGAGAUUGGCCCCUCCUUCUUGACACCCACCCUGCAGAUAUUUGUAAACGUUAAUAAGAUCCCCUCUCAGUCUUCUCUUCUUUAGACUAAACAGCCCCAGGUCUCUCAGCCUUUCCUCAUAAGACAGAUGUUCCAGUCCCUUAAUCAUCCUCAUAGCCCUCCAUUGGACUCUCUCAAGUAAAUCCCUGUCCCUCUCGAACUGGGGAGCCCAGAACUGGGCACAAUGCUCCAAGUGAGGUCUCACCAGGGCAGAGUAGAGGGUGAGGAUGACCUCUGUCAACCAGCUGGACACACUCCUCCUAAUGCACCCCAAGAUACCACUGGCCUUCUUGGCCACAAGGGCACAUUGCUCCCCCAUGGAUAACUUGUUAUCCACCAGGACUCCGAGGUCCUUCUCUACAGAGCUGCUCUCUAGCAGGUCCAUCCCUAAUCUGUACUGGUGCAUGUUCUUACUCCUCCCCAGGUGCAGGACUCUACACUUACUCUGGUUGAACCUCAUUAGGUUCCUCUGUGCCCAGCUCUCCAGCCUGUCCAAAUCUCACUGAAUGGCUGCACAGCCUUCAGGUGAAUCAGCCAAUCCUCCCAGCUUCACAUCAUCAGUGAACUUGCUGAGGAGACACUCUGUCCCCUCAUCCAGGUCAUUAGCGAUGAUGUCGAACAGGACUGGACCCAGCACUGAUCCCUGGGGAACUCCACUAGUUACAGGUCUCCAGCACCAUUGGUCACUGCCCUCUGGGCUCUAUUGUUUAGCCAGUUUUCAAUCCAUCUCACUGUCCACUCUUGGAUCCCACACUUCCUGAGUUUGCUCACGAGGAUGUUAUGGGACACAGUAUCAAAAGCCUUGCUAAGGUCAAGGUAGACACAUCCACUGGUCUCCCUGCAUCUGUCCAUUUAGUCACACCAUCAUAGAAGGCUAUCAGGUUAGUCAAACAAUUUCCCCUUGGUGAGUUCAUACUGGCUACUCUUGGUAACCUUCUUCAUUUCCAUGUGCUUAGAGAUGACCUCCAGAAUGAGCUGCUCCAACAUUUUUCCAGGAAGGAGGUGAGGCUGCCUGGUGUGUAGUUUCCUGCAUCAUCCUUCUUGCCCUUUUUGAAGACUGGAUGACAUUGGCUUUCCUCCAGUCCUCAAGCACCCCUCCUGUUUGCCAUGAUCUUUCAACAACGAUGGAGAGUGGUGGAGCAACAACAUCAGCCAGCUCUCUCAGCACACGUGGAUGCAUCCCACUGGGGCCCAUGGAUUUGUGUAUGUCCAGUUUACCUGACUGAUCUCUAACCCAAUCCUCAUUGACCAGUGGAGAGUCUUCCUUCCUCCUGGCUUUCUCUCUUACUUUCAGGGCCUGGGAUUCAUGAGGGCUGGUCUUAGGAGUAAAAACUUAAGCAAAGAAGGAAUUCAGCAACUCUGCCUUCUCCACAUCCUCUGUUACCAGGGCUCCCACCCCACUCAGCAGUGAGCCCACAUUUUUCCUAUUCUUCCUUUUACCACUGAUGUAUUUGAAGAAGCCCUUCUUGUUCUGAUUUACUUCCAUUGCCCGGUUUUGUUCUAAGAGGGCUUUGGUCUUCCUUGUUGCCUUCCUACAUACCCUGACAAUGCUCUUGUAGUUCUCCCAAGUGACAAGUCCCUUCUUCCACAAACUGUGGACUUCUGUCUUCCACAUGUUUUUUCCAGGAGCUCCUUGUUCAUCCAUGCAGGUCUCCUUCCUCCUCUACCCAAUGUUUUACUCCAAGGAAUGCAUCUAUCUUGAGCUUGGAGGAAGUGAUGUUUGGCCCCCCCUACCUUCUAGAGUCUUAGCAUGCAUGAAUUAAAACUAACAUGCACAGAUCUCCUAUGCACUCAGUGGUUAGAGUCCAUGGCAAGUAAAGAUACUGGUAAGUCUUCUCCUGUAAUAUGAAGAGGCAGGAGUGAAGCACAGCUGUUGGAGGAGAAGGUUUAUUCCUAUCUUUAAGCCAGUUCCAAUCUAGUGUGAGAUCCAGAAAUCACUUCACCUGUAGGGAGAGUCUGUACGUGAUGUACUGCGUACAAAACCAACUAAAACCUAUUAGUUUUAGGCCCAGGUAAGAGAUCUGGAGAGAAGGAAACUGUUCUCUUCAUUUGACAGAGGUAUGAGACAUGGUUGUGAGGCAAGGAAGUGUGCAACUGUGUUUGCUCUGUGCAAUAGCAAGGAGUCUAGCCAGAGAGGGAAAGACAUUGAGAUAAAAGCUUGGGGAAAGGAGCAAGAAAAGCUUGAAAUCUUACAUUUACACAACACAGGAAAGAAGCUUCAUGGCAGACUCCAGACAGAAUGAGUUCAGGUAGAGAAUUGCUACACAAGCUCUAGUUCCAGGAUUGGUGCAGCUUAUGGUACUUCUUAGUCCAAGCCACACUUCCUUCUCUAAGGCAGAGUGAAUAGGAAGGAGACCUCCCUCAAUUUGGGUACGUACUAGCUGCUUUUUCAUCAUAUUUGAAAAACACUGCACUUUAUGCUUCAUUCUUCAGGGGAGUCAUAUAGUAAAUACACCAAUUAAGAACAUAGUUAUUGUCCAAAUUAAGUUAAUGUGAGUUCUGUGCUCACUGGAACCCCAAAAUAUCUGAAUUUAGAUCGGUUUGCCUUGACUGUUUUGUUGGUAAUUGACUAGAAAAAUAAACAAACUAAAGUAAAUCCACCUCUAAAUGUUGUGGAGAACAGAGCAGUGUUGGCAUAGUCUAAACUCCCCAUUAUAAUUUCUCCCAGAUGGAAUUUCCAGUGUUCCUUGUUCAGAUAACUCUAAACAAUCUAGCAUUUCUCUUAAACUGAAAAUUUUACUGUUUCCAAAUGAAAAGGGAAAAGAAAGGAAAUUUUAAAAAAGCUAUUCUAAUACAGAGCAGCUGGUACCUUUACAUCUAGAAAGAUAUAAAUAAAUAAGUUUCAUCUUUGAUUUCCCUCCCCUAUGGCAAUCUGACAGGGAAAGGAAAAAGAAAUAGGGAUAAUGUGAGUAAAGUAGUGCCUAUGAGAACUAAAAAUCUUACAGCUUACAGCUUAAUGACAGCUUACAGUCAUUAAAGCACAGUCUCAAAUAAAGAUGCAAGCUGUAAAGUCAACAUCAGGUGCCUCUUUUGUAUCAUGGGCUUUUCCCAGGCUGAAUGGGUAGUGAACCUGCACAGGAGCAGAAGAGAACAGCUGAACAUCUGUGCCAGAUCAAUGUCUCUCUUUGCCUCAGAAUCUGUCAGGGACCCUAAGCAAGACUGUUGGGCACACCAACAGCAGCUCAGCCAGCUUCAUGAACUGAGUGGGGUAGGCAUGACAAGUGGUUAUUGCAUCAACAAACAGACAUGAAAGACCUGAGUUUAAAACAAUAGCGUCUAUUUGCAUCCUUUCAGUGACAUUUUUCCCCAACAGAGGCAGAACAAAGUGUUGUUUUUUCCUUGAAAAUCAAGAGAAGGUCUGAUUGUUAGUGUUGGUCUGCACAAAAGAAAGUAUGUGAUAUAUUUUUCCACUGCAGAUACACAUUGUUGUAAGAGGAAAAAUUUAGUCAGGCCAGGACUCUCUGAAAAAGAGGAUGUUUAUUAAAACGGUAGAGACUUGUUCAAUAAUGUUCUCAAUGCAGAUAUGAUAGAAUCGUAGAGUGGAUUGGUUUGGAAGGGACCUUAAAGAUCAUCUAGUUCCAACUCCCCUUGGCAGUACUUACCUACUGAUGUAGCUGCUGUCUUCUAGGAACAGAGGGGCUGCACUGUUCUAUGGAAAGAAUGCUACUGAGCAUCUUCCUAAUCCCAUUUGACUGAGGACAUCUUAAAUGCCCUCUGAAACCUAGUCUUGUUUUUGCUUUCCCCUAAGGGAUCAAAUAUCCAUACUAGUAAGACAAAAAAACAUCUAAAACGGCUUUUCUCCAUUACGGACACAAGCUCGUGCACCAAGAGUUACUUCUAAUAUGAUAAAAGCAUCAAGUCCAGUCACUGGCCUUCUGGAUUCCAUUUCAUUUGGCAUGGAAAUCCAGUCAUGAGUAGAAGGUCAAAGGGUUAAGAAUCUUCUUCUAGAGCUCUGCCAAGCUCUGGUCAUGCAAGUGCAGUGGACUUCCCUUCUUUUCAGAUACUGCAUGUAUGAGCAAUGUAGCAAGCCAAAAGCUCUUUUGCAGAUAUAUAUUCUUGUUUGGCUUCCAUUUUUCUUCUCUGAUUUGUGGAUCUUGUGCAUGAUUGGAGGUCUCUGGGAACCCUACGCUAUAAAAUUGGGACUCUAAAGUAAUAUUACAGUAAAGAGAGUUUCUCUUGUUUCAGAUUUUCCAGAUACAGUAGAGUCCAGACUGAGGAUUUGGGAGGUACAAAGGUGGUGGAUGGGAGUCUCAGGGGUGGCAUAUGGAAUGGAUUCCUGAAGCAUGUUUAAAAGUAAAGGCUUGGGUCUUCAAAUGUUGUCUUCUCAGUACCUGAAACUGCUCUAACCUAAGUGCAUGGCUCAACAGAGGUUGCCGCCAAGCAAUUCUAAAGAGCUUUCCCCAAGCCUGUACACAUUUUCUGCAGGGAGGGUUGCAUGGUUGUGAUACGUAUUCUUUCAAGCAAGUGCUUACAGAGGUGCAUUUGAUGUUUGGGGGAAAAGUACUGAAUGAAAGCAACACGAAAAGGGAAAGGGACCCACUACUGAAAGCCUUCAUUCUUACCGUGUCCCAUACUAGCCCUUAAUAACUAAAAUGAGCCUGAUUUGCCUUUGGUCUUCCAGCUCCAAAACAUGUUUGCCUGAAAAUUUUUUUGUUGGAUAUACUUCGCAUGUUUUGAUAAUGUGAUUUAUGAGAUAACACUUCUAUGAAGAUAAAUAUAUAUAUAAAUACAUUCAUCUGCAACUGCAUACAUACACAUACACACACUACAUAUAGGCUUAGGAAACUAUGUGGCACUAUACACCUCCAUGCCUGGAUGUGGCAGCAACAACACUAAAGGAGAGGAGGUAGCUCAAAAUAGCAUGUACAGUCCUUUCUGGAGUUGUUAUUAAAAAGAAUGUGGUCUUGCCA